GGCCAUUUGCAAGGAAAAAAAUAGUUUACCCAUCAAUUCUUCUGUUCAAUGGAGUCACUCGUGCACUUAAUGCAACCUAAUGAGAUUGCUUCAGAUAGACCCAGUGAAAGCUACAUUUUAAGAAAAUCAAGCCCACAAAGCCUUUCACAGCCUACAAAAUAGGAGAACCACCACCACCCAUUUUAUGGUUUGAACAUGGGUGAUUCUUCCCAUGAUUUUUUUUCAAAUAAACUAGACAGAUUUACUUGUUUUUUUUGUUUUUUUUUAGUUUGUAGUAUUUUGGGGGACAUACUAGAAUUAAAGAAAACAGAAAACAUCUGAUCUUCAGCGAUAUAGUGCUGAAUUUUAGCACUGAUCAUUGGAUACAAGAUCAUACAGAUUACUGUAGUUUCAAACCAUAGGAGCUGUUGAUCAAACAUUUGAAUUUAAUCUAUAAUACACCUAAUCUUAAAUAAUCAGUACUUGUAGGAAUUCAAGCCUCAAGUCUUCACAGACCAGAAAGGAGGCUCUCCAUAGUCCAUUACAUCCCUUCAUCUAUGAAUUCUCAAACUGCCCUCUUACAGUUGUCUUCCUUUCAUUUCCAAUCACUUGACUCCUUUGAAUAUUAAAUAGGAUUGUCAGUUACUGAAUAGAUACCUGACAUCAAAUCAAGGUCCCUCUGAAUCAGUGACAAAUACUCCAUAUCCUCUGCAAUAUUCGAGAUCUCUGCUUCAAUAUACAAUUAUUGGAACAGCUGUUCCUUAGUCUUGUUGGUUUUUGAGAAGUAUCCAGUAUAAAUUGCUAUUCUGGCCCAUGAAACUGAUUAGUUUGUGUCUGUUGUAGUGAUUUUUGUCUUGUAGAAUAUGUGAAAAUCUUGCAAGACUUCCAAGCUUUCAAGUUCUAGUUCUGAGCUUGGAAAUAGUAUUUCUCUGAUACUCCUUGAUUGAAUUUGCACUUGCAGUCAUGGGUUUCUUGUAUUGGAAUGAAUGGGUAGAGUUUUGGAAGACAUCGUUACAGACAAAGGAGAGUGGUGGUCAGCUGGAUUGGGUCAAGGAUGGAUCUGUUGAUCUCAAGGGGAGGCCUGUUCUUAAAACAAAAAGUGGUGGAUGGAAGGCUUCUCUUUUCAUCAUUGGAGUUGAAGUCAGUGAGAGACUUACAUACUAUGGAAUUGCCUCCAAUUUGAUCAUCUACCUUACAACUACUAUGCAUGAAGGGAUUGAAGUUUCUGCCAAAAAUGUAAACUAUUGGGUGGGGGUCACAACUGUUAUGCCUCUUGUAGGAGGCUUUGUAGCAGAUGCAUACAGUGGCAGAUACUGGAUGGUGCUGGUCUCCUCAGUAAUUUAUCUUGCGGGAUUAAUUUUAUUGACACUCUCAGUAUCCCUCUCAGCUCUGAAGCCUGAGAAGUGUGUAGAAGUCUGUAAUAAGGCAACAACAGGGGAGAAAGCUGUUUUCUUCCUGGCUUUGUAUUUGAUAGCAGUUGGCACUGGUGGGCACAAGCCUUCUUUGCAAGCAUUUGGCGCAGACCAGUUCAAUGAGGAGGAUAAAAAAGAAAAGAUUAAGAAGGCAUCAUUCUUCAAUUGGUGGUAUUUUGGGCUCUGUAGUGGCACUCUACUAGCCGUUACAGUUGUUGUAUAUGUUCAGGACAACAUAAGCUGGGGAAUUGGGUUUGGGAUCCCUACAGUUGCCAUGACUAUAGCGAUUGGCCUGUUUUUGUAUGGGACACCAUUUUACAGAAACAAGCUUCCUGGAGGUAGCCCUAUAACUUCGAUUUUGCAGGUGGUUGUUGCUGCCGUAAGGAACAGAAAGAAAACCCUUCCUUCAGACAUGGACUUGCUUUAUGAGAAUUGGAAUGCAAAGUCAGUGAAAUCAGGGCAGAGGCUACUAUCACACACAGAUAGUAUUCAGUGUUUGGACAAAGCUGCCAUAGUGGUGGAAGCCUAUGAACCUAACAACCAUACAGAGGGAAACAAGCAGCCAAACCCAUGGAAGCUCUGCACAGUAACUCAAGUAGAGGAAACCAAGCUUAUUAUCAGGAUGGUUCCCAUCUGGUUAUGUUGCAUAAUCUUUGGAAUCAUAGUAGCACAGACCACAACAUUCUUCAUAAAACAGGGCAGCACCAUGGACAGGAGCAUGGGACCCCACUUUCAGAUCCCAUCAGCUUCCCUUAUAGCCUUUUCCACCAUACCCAUACUUAUUUUCAUCAGUAUAUAUGACACUUGGCUUGUCCCCAUAACUAAAAGAAUCACAGGCAAUGAAAGAGGGAUAAGUGUUCUACAAAGAAUUGGCAUUGGCAUGUUGUUUUCCAUUCUAUGCAUGGUAAGUGCAGCUUUGACAGAACACAAAAGGAUCCAAAGUGCAAAAGCCCAUAGCCUGCUUGACAGCCCUAAAACUACUCUUCCUCUCAGUAUAUUUUGGUUGGUUCCACAGUUUGUUUUGAUUGGAAUGGCAGAUGUUUUUACUCUAGUUGGGCUGCAGGAAUACUUUUAUGAUCAAGUGCCUGACAGUAUGCGAAGCUUGGGAAUUGCUUUCUAUCUAUCUGUCAUAGGAGUUGCAAGUUUCCUCAGUAGUCUUUUGAUCACCAUUGUUGAUAAAAUCACUACCAGAGGAGGUCGUGAUCAUGGUUGGUUUCAAAACAAUCUCAAUAGAUGUAAGUUGGAGUAUUUCUACUGGCUUUUGGCUGUGCUUGGUGCUAUCAAUCUGUGUUGUUAUGUGUAUAUUGCAAACAUAUACACAUACAAGGAGGUCAAGCAGGUCACAUACAAGGAGGUCAAGCAGAUCAAGCUUCACACAACAAAGUCUACAGGUUCUUGUUCUCCAUAAUUCAUCACCAUGACCACCUCAGAGGAAAUAUAUGUAGUUUUCUUAUCUGGAAAAUUUCUAUUAAUAUAUGGAUGUAUAUGUAUUGGUGAUGUUAAAAUGUUUUUGUUUUUUGCCCUUUUAGACAAUAACUGAUGUAAGCAGACAAGUGACAUAAUUUUGUUAGCCAAAGACAAAAGGGACUGUCUUUUUCUAACCACCAGGCUUCCAACUGAUACAUGAUAGUGAGAGAGAUCUCAUCAAAGCCUCUAAUGAUGAUAAGAUAUUUUGGUGGGCUUGUAACACUUUUUAUUGAAAACAGAGGUAGAGGUGGAUUUUUUUAGUCAUAGUUUAUGGAGACAAACUGAAAAUAUUUUUAAUUGUGGAUUUUUUAAGUCAUAGUUUAUGGAGACAAACUGAAAAUAUUUUUAAUUGUACGGUGAAAAUUUUGUAUUUAUGUAUAUUCUUUUAUUGUUUUGGGUU